AUGGCAGGCCCUCUGGCCAACGCCAACGUCCAAUUUUCCGGCCCACCCUACAUGCAUCCUUUCCGUCCCGCCUCCUCCAUGAGCGCCAACCGUUUCGACGAGGGUUACUCGGAAGAUACCAGGAGCCAGAAUGAGGGCGACAUGGUUAUGCAGACCGACCUGAGGCUCGGUGACUCCCAUCGCAAUCCCGAUCUGCCCUUCACCCUGCCCGACUGGGUCCUGGCUCUGAGCGAAAAUGAGCGUAGUGAAUUCGCCUACGCCAUCUUGCGCUCGCUACGCACCUCGUCCAUAGCCGGCAUCGUCGAGAAGCUGAACCCCCUUCUCCAUCUUGAUCCCGUCAUACACCUACCCCCCGAAAUCACCUUCCAGAUACUCUCCUACCUCAGCCCAGAAACCCUGCUGCGCGCAUCCACAUUGUCACGCGCAUGGAGGGAACGCGUGCUCGACAGUCCUCUCUGGAAACUACUCUUCAGGCUCGAGGGCUGGAACUCAAACUUCUCCCAGGUGCGUGCGUUUGAAGAGUCGCAAAGGCAGAAGCGCGCGGAUUUCAAGGAAAAGGAGCGCAAGACACGACACAGAGCAGCCGAAGAUACCGAUUACGGAAAGCCGUCCCAUAAGAAGCGCGUGCGCAAUCAACAGCUUUUCGGCGACGGCACUCUGCCAGACAACGGACCACAAAAUGCACUUGAUUCCUCCGCUGCCCUCCCUACCGGAAAUGCAUGGGGCGAGCAGCACGGUGCAGUCGAGGCCGACGACAGUCCUGUCAAAUCAGAAGACAAAAUGGAAGGCCUGUCGUUCCACGGCACCUCGCCUCUCGCCUCGCCUACCAAUGCACUACGCCGGGAAAGACGCCAAGGCCUACCAUUCGAAGACACCACAUCCUCGACAACUUCAGCAAUCUCCAACAGCCCCCCAAUACAUCCAUCGCUUCUUCUUCCUGGCCCAGAAGCUAAGAUCAACUGGCAAUUUCUAUACAAACAAAAGAGGCGAUUGGAAGACAACUGGAGCGCUGGCCGAUUUACAAACUUUCAACUUCCACACCCUAAUCACCCAGGAGAAGCCCAUACGGAAUGCGUGUAUACCAUCCAGUAUUCGGGCAAGUAUCUCGUCAGUGGAAGUCGAGACAAGACCAUCAGAGUCUGGAACCUGGAUACUCUGCGCCUAGUGCACGCACCACUCACUGGCCACUCAGCUUCAGUUCUCUGUUUACAGUUUGAUGAGCGGCCCGACCAAGACAUUAUAGUGUCUGGUGGCAGUGAUUGCAGAGUCAUCCUGUGGCGCUUCUCGACUGGACGCAUCAUCAAGGAAAUUGAAAAGGCUCACUCCGAGUCAGUUCUGAAUCUGAGAUUCGAUGACCGCUACUUGGUUACUUGCUCAAAAGACAAGACCAUCAAAGUAUGGAAUCGCAAGGAAAUGAUGCCCACCGAUGAUACCUAUCCCUCGUCAACCAUGAAGUCCGCUGCCAAAUUUCCAUCAUAUAUAAUUAACAUGCAGGAUUAUGUCGCUCAGCAGCAUCUGCACCUUAAGCCUCUUGCCCCUUACAGCCUCAUCAUGACCUUGGAAGGUCACGGUGCAGCAGUGAAUGCCAUUCAGAUUCUUGACGGACAGAUUGUCUCUGCAUCCGGCGAUAGAAGCGUCAAAUGCUGGGAUGUCCGGACUGGUGCGUGCACACGAACCUUUUCUGGCCAUACAAAGGGCAUUGCUUGCGUCCAGUUUGAUGGACGACGCAUCGUCAGUGGAAGCUCGGAUGAAAGUGUCCGUAUAUUUGAUCGUGCUACCGGCGCUGAGGUCGCCUGCUUGAAUGGUCACAGCAAUCUUGUGCGCACCGUACAAGCCCAGUUCGGAGACUUGCCCGGCAACGAAGAGGAGCUGGAGGCUGAGGCUCGUAGUGUGGAUCGAAACUACUUUGCCGCGCAAGCCAGCGGCAUGCUGUCUGAACAAAACCUCAGCAGAGCAGAGCGACGCGCUCGCAACGCUGGGUCACGCGACCCAACCAAAGUCUUUGCCUACGGGGCCAAGUUACCCCCAGGCGGUGGAGGCAGCAAAUGGGCGCGCAUAGUAUCUGGUUCUUACGAUGAGACUGUGAUUAUAUGGAAGAGAGGGCCUGAUGGCGCUUGGGAAAAGUCUCAGACAUUGCUUCAAAACGAUGCAGUUCGAGCCGCUGGCGGCCGACCUAGGAGGCCUGUCGUUCAACCUGCAGCCAACGCAAAUGCUGCUGGACAACAUGAUCAACAGACCAAUGCCGCCCAACAAAACAACUUCCAGACGCUGGCACAGCAGGCUCAGGCACAAGCCCAAGCAGCUCAGACUCUGGCACAACAAGCGCAUGCCCUUCAUGCAGCCUCACAAGCUAUGCAUGGCCCAGUUGGCAACAACGCCGCCGUGGGUAACAUCACAGCCGGAUCUGCUAUAGCGCCCAACCAACCAGUCGGUCACGCAGCAGUCGGACAGCAAGGCCCAGCAAAUGCACAACCGCAUCAUCACCACCACCACCAUCAUCACCAUCACCACGCUCCACACCCCCUAGCCGCGCCCCUCAACACAAACGGCACCAACUCACGCGUAUUCAAACUCCAAUUCGACGCCCGCAGAAUCAUCUGCUGCAGUCAAGACCCCACAAUCGUAGGCUGGGACUUUGCCAACGGCGACAAAGACAUUACCCUUGCCAGUCAAUUCUUCGGCGAUUCAUACUAA